AUGGGAUAUUUCACAAAUGUUCUAAACGUGGUCUUUCUGACGACUGCACUCGGUUGCUGCAGUGCGAAUCAUGCACGACGGUGCGUCGGUGGAUCGGAAGCAUUUGUCUGCACACUUCAUCAAUUCAAGUACGAGCCGGGAGAGGACAUACCACUGUUCGAGCUGCAUCCGGACACGAAAGAAGUUCGGUUCGUGAUGCCAUUUUACAAGCCGAGGACAGAAUCAAUCAUCUUUUACGAUGCGCUGCUACAUCGUCAGCUCGAGAUGCCGAUAGCGGUUGAGAUUACCUAUUCCAUGAUGACUUCACUUGAAAUGCCGCGUAACUUGCAAUACGGUGAUUUUGCCAGCAACCAAUUGUCGGGAGUCGUUAUCGAUCCGAGUCAGUCUUAUGCUCUCCGUUACCUCGACUUAAAUGGUAACUAUGGACUAAACCCCAAGAACAUUAGCCAUUUUGCAGCACUGGAAACGCUGCACCUGUCCAGUUGUCGAUUUCAGUCAAUACCAGCAGGACUAUUUGCCAAGAUGACCCGUUUGCAGCAUCUUACUGUCUCCAGCAAUGGCCUCCAUGAACUCGAUCUGAAGACUCUCCCUGGUAGUCUGACGCUGUUACGGAUGGAUCGAAAUAGUCUAGCAAAGCUAAACUUUGAAGAUGUUCGCUUCCCGCAACUGGAAGACUUGAACGUACAACGGAACGAGCUCACAGUGCUGAACAUAACUGCUCUUGUGGAGCGAUCGCCAAAACUUAAGUUGUUUUCCAUCGGUCACAACCCGAUAAGCCUCGAAAAGCUGGAACAGAUUGUGAGCGUACUGAAUCGCCACAACAUUGCGUACUACAGCAUGGAAAAUCCUGAAGACUGGACGUGUUCGGAAUCGGAGGUUAGAAUACACUAUGUUUGUAUUCCCAAGGACAGCAUCAAGCCUGGUUGGGGUGAAUGGUUAACACAAAUAUUCUUCUUCUGCCUGGUGCCGUUGGUGCUGUUUGGAGCAGCUGUGUCCGCAUGGUUUUUGUGGCGAAAGCUUCAAACGAAGUAG